GCCCUAAGCGGCGGCGGCCAUUUUGGCUGCGCCUCUCUCCGGCCUGUUCAGUUACCACGUGAACUGUUGCCUGGGUCUCUGUGCGGGGCAAGGGGGAACCCGGCGCGGAUACGGCGGCCUGGAGGGGCCGGGCCUGGGACGGAAGCGAGCACGGGGCGGCGGGGGUGGCCCGGCAGGGAGUCCCGGGAGGCGGCGGUGACCGAGGAGCGGCAGGAGACACCCCGCCCCCCGGAGCCUUCAAGCGGAGCCGGAGCCGGAGCUGGCCGCGGCAGGACCAGGAGCGAUGCCGUCCGUGAGCCUCCCGCCCAAGGAGAACGCGCUCUUCAAGCGCAUCCUGAGGUGUUAUGAACAUAAACAGUACAGAAAUGGGCUGAAGUUUUGUAAACAGAUCCUUUCUAAUCCAAAGUUUGCAGAACAUGGAGAAACCUUGGCGAUGAAAGGACUAACGCUGAACUGUCUAGGGAAGAAAGAGGAAGCAUAUGAACUAGUGCGUAGAGGCUUACGGAAUGAUUUAAAGAGUCAUGUCUGCUGGCAUGUCUAUGGUCUUCUCCAGAGGUCAGACAAGAAGUAUGAUGAAGCUAUCAAAUGUUACAGAAAUGCACUGAAAUGGGAUAAAGACAAUCUUCAAAUCUUGAGAGAUCUCUCUCUGCUACAGAUUCAAAUGAGGGAUCUUGAGGGUUACAGGGAAACCAGGUACCAGUUACUUCAGCUCCGACCUGCACAGCGAGCCUCAUGGAUUGGUUAUGCUAUUGCUUAUCAUCUGCUGGAAGAUUAUGAAAUGGCAGCAAAGAUUUUAGAGGAAUUUAGGAAGACUCAACAGACGUCUCCUGAUAAAGUGGACUAUGAAUACAGUGAGCUGUUGUUGUACCAGAAUCAAGUCCUCCGAGAAGCAGGACUCUACAAAGAAGCCUUGGAACACCUUGGUACCUAUGAAAAGCAGAUCUGUGAUAAACUGGCUGUUGAAGAAACUAAAGGAGAACUUCUGUUGCAACUCUGCAGGCUGGAAGAAGCAGCUGAGGUGUAUAGAGGAUUGCAAGAAAGGAAUCCUGAAAACUGGGCUUAUUACAAAGGCUUAGAAAAGGCACUUAAACCAGUCAACAUGCUUGAGAGGCUGAAAAUCUAUGAAGAGGCCUGGACUAAGUACCCAAGGGGACUGGUUCCAAGAAGGCUGCCGCUAAACUUUUUAUCUGGUGAAAAGUUUAAGGAAUGUUUGGACAAGUUUCUAAGGAUGAAUUUCAGCAAAGGCUGUCCACCUGUUUUUAAUACUUUGAGAUCAUUGUACAAAGAUAAAGAAAAGGUGGUAAUUAUAGAAGAGUUGGUGGUAGGUUAUGAAACAUCUCUAAAAAGCUGCAGGUUAUUUAAUCCCAAAGAUGAUGGUAAAGAAGAACCUCCAACUACUUUACUGUGGGUCCAAUACUACUUAGCACAACAUUAUGACAAAAUUGGGCAGCCAUCCAUGGCUCUGGAAUACAUAAAUGCAGCAAUAGACAGUACUCCCACCUUGAUAGAACUCUUCCUUGUGAAGGCUAAAAUCUAUAAGCAUGCUGGAAACAUUAAAGAAGCUGCAAGGUGGAUGGAUGAAGCCCAGGCCUUGGACACAGCGGACAGAUUUAUCAACUCCAAAUGUGCAAAAUAUAUGUUGAAAGCCAACUUGAUUAAAGAGGCAGAAGAAAUGUGUUCUAAGUUUACAAGGGAAGGAACCUCAGCAGUAGAGAACUUGAAUGAAAUGCAGUGCAUGUGGUUCCAGACAGAAUGUGCCCAAGCUUACAAGGCAAUGAAUAAAUUUGGAGAAGCACUUAAGAAAUGCCACGAAAUUGAGAGACAUUUUGUAGAAAUUACAGAUGACCAGUUUGACUUCCACACUUACUGUAUGAGAAAGAUUACACUUAGGUCUUAUGUGGACUUGUUAAAACUAGAAGACGUACUUCGACAACAUCCAUUUUACUUCAAGGCAGCACGAAUUGCCAUAGAGAUAUAUUUGAAGCUUCAUGACAAUCCUCUAACAGAUGAGAAUAAAGAACACGAGGCUGAUACAGCAAAUAUGUCUGACAAGGAGCUAAAGAAGCUUCGCAAUAAGCAGAGAAGAGCACAGAAAAAAGCACAACUGGAGGAAGAGAAGAAGAAUGCAGAAAAAGAAAAGCAGCAGAGAAAUCAGAAGAAGAAAAAGGACGAUGAUGAUGAGGAAAUUGGUGGUCCAAAAGAAGAACUUAUCCCUGAGAAACUAGCAAAGGUUGAAGCACCUUUGGAAGAAGCCAUUAAAUUUUUAACACCGUUGAAGAAUUUGGUGAAGAACAAAAUAGAGACCCAUCUUUUUGCUUUUGAGAUUUAUUUCAGGAAAGAGAAAUUUCUUCUGAUGCUGCAGUCUGUGAAGAGAGCAUUUGCUAUUGACUCCAGUCAUCCUUGGCUUCAUGAGUGUAUGAUUCACCUCUUUGGCAGUGUAUCUGAAAGUAAAGAUCUACCUGAUACAGUUAGAACAGUGUUAAAUCAAGAAAUGAAUCGGCUUUUUGGGGCAACUAAUCCAAAGAACUUCAAUGAAGCUUUCCUUAAAAAGAACUAUGACUCACUACCACAUAGGUUAUCAGCUGCCAAAAUGGUGUACUAUUUGGAUCCUUCCAGUCAGAAAAGAGCAGUGGAGCUAGCAACAUCCCUCGAUGAAUCCCUUACCAACAGGAAUCUUCAGACUUGUAUGGAGGUAUUAGAAGCUUUGAGUGAUGGUAGCCUGGGAGACUGUAAAGAAGCAGCUGAAACUUACAGAGCGAAUUGUCAUAAGCUUUUCCCUUAUGCUUUGGCUUUCAUGCCCCCUGGAUAUGAAGAGGAUAUGAAGAUCACAGUUAAUGGAGAUAGUUCUGCAGAAACUGAAGAACUGGCCAAUGAAAUAUGAACAACUUCAUUUAAAAAAAGAAGAGAGAGAAUGGAAUAACAUUGGUCCAUAUCUGGUGUAUAAUAUUUUUGUCACGCACCUGCUGAAUUGUUCUAACUUACACAGAGAAAGGAAGGAGUAAAAAUGUUGCCUUCAAAUAGUUUUACUUUUUUUAUCCUGCUGACAAAGUAUAUAUAUAAAAUAUCUAACAUAUUACUGGAUAUAGGUUGUUCAGUUUCUUAAGAAAAAUUAAAAGCUGCUAAAAUUGAAGAAAAAAAAAAACCCUUAUCCUUACCUACCUACCCCAUGUUUUUAAACUAAUUUAUAUGAAAUCUGGAGGCUCAUAACCCUCAGAGCAGGUGUGUGGCAGAAAUAUUACUUUAAAUUUGUCUUGUGAGAUUACUAUUAUCUCAGACAGCAAAAACGCUGUUUUAGCACUGGAUUCUUUCACUGAGCACAGAGUUGUUGGGGCUUUAGCAUCUGACUGAUUUUGAUAUGGAGAUGAUUCUAUUCAUAGGAAGUAUUCAUUGUGAAUCACUAUUUACAGAGAAACCUACAACAUACAUGUGAUGUUGUAGAGACGGGACAUACAGAUACGAAGCAGAGUUAAGAAACAUAGGGUGUUCAGUAAGCUUGUUGUGUCUCCGAAGUUCACUGUACACGAUCAGUUUGGUGUUCUUGCACCACAGUUUUUAACGGAAGGAACCAGUUAGAACAAUCUCUUCAUUUUAAUUAAACUUGAAAAGAAAGAACACUGCUGGUUUUGAGAUGAACCUCACAGCAUAGUUUGGCCAAACUUGUUAAAACUGUAAUGCAAGAACCAAAUGAAAUUAUGCACUGUGAUGUGGCACCAACUAAUUAGAAAGAUAGUGUGCAUUUUUCACAUAGAGUGAAAACAAAAUGAGAACAUACUAUGGCUUGAAGUUACAAAGAGCGGAACUCCUGACUACCAUUUUAUGACUGAUGAAGAGACUAAUAGUUUAAAACCUCAGCAGGCCUUGUUCACGUUAUGCAGAGAAAAACAAGUGCUGCAGUUUAGAUACCUCUGGAACUUUUACACAGUGUCACAGGUUUGUAAUACUUGAAGCCCUACAUUUCUAAGAAUAUAUUUCUUGCUCAGUUGUUUCAGGCAAACUCAAGACUUUGUAACUUUUAAGGGGCCCAAGAUUUUCUUUUUUUUUUCCAAAUAACAGACCAGCUUCUUAUUCCUGCAGUUACAGAUGUAAUUUCCUUUGUCAAACAUAAGGUACCAAAUAUAAUGCAAUAAAAUGUUUUGAAAAACAGUUGUGUGCAUAUUUUAACCAGUCUGUGUUGGACUUUGUAAAUUACUGGAUGAAGAGAGAGGUGCAGUUCAGAGUUGAUUUAAUAUGCUGUUCAGUUCCACUGUUAAUGUGUCACUGCUGAUGGGUGGACUUUGAUUGUAUAUUAAGUGCUAAUGCAUUAUAUAUUAGUGCUUAGUAUCAGGGAAAUCCAAUAGUACAAAAUGCAUUACUACUUGACUUCAGAAUACCAACAACAAAGGUUAUGCUGACAGCUGUUGUGGACUGCAAUUCAUCACUUGCAAAAUAAAGUUCAAGCCAGCUGCAUUAAUGGUAUAGAUGAGAGAGUGCCCAAAUGCUUUUAUGGACCUUAAAGCAAUGAAAAAAUUGACCACAGGCUAAAAAGUCAGUGCCUUCUUUGCAAUAUUUCAAUUACAGAAUAUCAUAAUUAAGUGAAAGUAUAAAUUGUAUCUUUUUUCGUAUUGUGGAAUUUAAUUAUUGACACUUUGUAUAAUUGUGGCCUUCAGGGGGGCUACUUUUUCUCUAACCCUCCUUUUAAAAUAGGAAGGGCAAUUUUUACUAUUGAUUUUUUCCAUGUAAUGCAUUCAGCACCACUUAUAUGCAUGCUUUUCAUGGAUACAGACUUAUCCUUGUGUAUGCAAAUAGUGUAGUUCAUGUUGUAAAUGUUGUGAAAUGUAAGAUGCUUUGCCAUAUUUGUGUUUUAAUCUGCCGGGCUUUCAGGAACUUAAAUACCUUGGAAACUUUUUAACUGACUCCGAGACUGGUGCUGAUGUAUAGAUCCUGACCCCUCCUUCAGUCCAAGAUAUUUGGACUACACCUCUUCUGCAAAUACUGAAGGCAAUUCAGCCUUGUCCAUAGGGGUCUGAGUUUUGGCCAUGCUGCUUCAACCCUCAUGCCACUUUCUCUGCCUCUGGUACUGUAGGCAGGCAGUUCUGUGUUCCUGCCUUUUUAUAGCUAAUUGUGAGUCAGCAGGGAGCAAAAUCUUUUCUCCCUUCAUUCUUUCCAUUCUGGGGCUCUGCUGUGUGAAUGGGAUCACCCUCUAAACUCAUUCUCUGUAUUUGUUUUCUCUUCAUCAGGCAAAACAGGGCAAGCCAAAAGCCAAGAGGCACUCCAUCACCUUCACUCUGCCAGGGGGCUCAAUCGAUAUGGCUUGUUUGGGUCUCUGUCUCCCCACACACAUUAGCUGAGGUUACUAGAGACACCGCCACACCGUCUCUGUUCAAAGCUUCACCCCGAUCAAUCCUUCAGGCACAGUGGUUUAUAAACAAAGAGCACUCUGAUCUGCUCUCGGAGGACUGUGCACCUGCAAGGCAAGACAAGCUAAAGUACUUUUCCCUAUGUAAAGAAGGCUUUUAAGAUCCCAGCACUAAUCUUUGAAGUAUCAUGAAACCAAGUGUGUCAUCCAUCCAUCUUUAACUAUAGCUUCUAUAUGUUCUUGUUUCAUACAUAGAGCAUACUUCAUGGACAGGAACGUAUUGAGAACUGCUGGGAUUCAAGUUUUGGAACCAUUUCCAGCAAGAAAGGCAGCAAAAAGUGAAACUAUCAUCCAGAAUAAUUCAUUCCUUCAGCUGGUGGUACCAAAGCACCCCCACUGAUGGUAGGAGCCCACCUUCCUGUUCUGGACCCCAAAAUACUCACUAUCGACACCAGUCUUUGAAGGUGAGGACCACACCAAGGGCAUCACAAUACACAGAACAUGGUGAAGGUCAGGAGGACUUCAGAACCUAGAGGUAGCAGCAGUUGGGUUGGCUCUUCGAGAUGUCCAGUAUCACCUGAGGAAGGAGCACUUCUUGGUUCAAUCAGACAAUGACAGUCACAGCAUACAUGGUAUAAGAAGCUGAAGUCUAAAUGUCAAAGCCAAGCAGGCUCUUUUCAUGCCAGAAGUUUACCCUAGUGUGCCUCAGGGUAAACUUGAUACAAAGGAGAGGAGACUUGAUACAGAAGAUGACAUAGUUGUCACCAGAUAAAUAAAGUGGGCCCUGGACCUAGAUGGUAUUUAGGGAGCUAGCCAAAAUGCAAAGGAUGAGACUUUUCACAUGAGAAGCAGACCAAAUUUCAUUGGGAACAAAAAUUGCAGAAUAGGUUGUCUGUGAUUUCCCCUGAAGUUCCAACACGCAAAAAGAAAGCACAGGAGAAAAGCAGGAAAAUAUCUUAGUAGAACCAAUCAAUUCAGGAGUCCAUCUUUGUUUCCUUCUGUCUGAGAUGCCUUUGAAAACAUCCAAGUAAUGCAUAGCUAGAUGCAUCAAGUGCUGCAAUAUUGAGUUCCAUUACACCACUGAUAAACCAAUUUGAGAGAAAAUCAGAGCCCGUGCAACACAUUCCAUGGUGGUAUCCUGAAUAAAAAGGGUAUCUAUUUCCUCUGUGGUGGAAAAUAGUUUCAUCUUCCAUCAGUUCUUACAGUACUACAUUCUUCAGCAGGGAGCUGCUCCAAGCAGUGAUCUCAAAAUCGAUUAAUACUACCAAUUGUAGGGAAACAUAGAACAUUUCCCCCUGUUUGUAUCUUCCUCUCACCUUCAUUUUUUCUUUCUGCUUGCUACAUAAAUAUGUAUGACUAGGGCAAAAAUCAGCAAAUAGAGUGGAAAAACUGUCACUUGAUCAUCCUUUCUUGAAUUUACCCUCUUCUGUCCGUCGUAUCCACAUUAUUGAGAUAUCUAUACCAUGGCUUUGUCAUGCCUUGUACAUAUAAUUAACAACAAUGCUAUUUAAUGUUUAAUAAGUAAAAGGUUCAAACAUAAAGCUAAGACCUUUUCCUUUGAUAAGAUGUUUUCUUAUAAGGCCGCUAUAACCAGUGCCAACUUCACUGCUAAAUUACCAUUGCAACAAGGAUGGUUCUGCUGGGGUUGCCUGCCACCAGCCACACAAAUGGAAAACAGCUUGGUACAAUAUUGUGAUCUAAAUGUACUGAAUUAAAAUUAAACACUGAAUUAAAAC